CCUCCGCCCGGUAUAAAAGCGCCGCCGCAGUCGGGCCUGAACGCCGCCACCGCCGCCGCCUCCUCACGGUCUGUCCGCGAAGCCAUCCCCGCCUCACGAUGCCUUCAAUUAAACUGCAGAGUUCAGAUGGAGAAAUCUUCGAAGUUGAUGUGGAAAUUGCAAAACAGUCUGUGACUAUAAAGACUAUGCUGGAAGAUUUGGGAAUGGAUGAUGAAGGUGAUGAUGACCCAGUCCCUCUUCCAAAUGUUAAUGCAGCCAUUUUAAAGAAGGUGAUUCAGUGGUGCACCCAUCACAAGGAUGAUCCACCUCCUCCUGAGGAUGAUGAGAACAAAGAAAAGAGAACAGAUGACAUCCCUGUGUGGGAUCAAGAGUUUCUGAAAGUAGACCAAGGAACACUUUUUGAACUUAUCCUGGCUGCAAAUUACUUGGACAUCAAAGGUUUGCUGGAUGUCACAUGCAAGACAGUGGCAAACAUGAUCAAGGGGAAGACUCCAGAAGAAAUUCGCAAGACAUUCAAUAUUAAGAAUGACUUCACUGAAGAGGAAGAAGCACAGGUGCGUAAAGAGAACCAGUGGUGUGAAGAGAAAUGAAGUAUUGUGCCUGACACUCAAACACUGUAAGGAUUGUUCCAAAUACUAGUUGCACUGCCCUGUUCAUAAUUGUUAAUAUUAGACAAAUGCAGCAGCAAAUGAAGUUGUGUUAGCAGGAUGUUGUUCCCUUUGCAUGUGUAGUGUUUUUUUGAGUACAGAUCUAGAUCUGAGUUUUUACUAGUGUAAUUGGAUGUCUUUUUACUUUGCAAUGAAUAAAACAGAACUAAGUGUGGAUUCUGUAUGGGAAGUAGCACUUAAGGUUAUAAUUUUCAUUACACUUUUAAACUGUUGAAGUCCAGUUACAGUGCUAAGGAUUGUUGUAAAUAAAAACAUCUAUGACUUCUUCCUCAAGAAGAGCAAAACACAUGUAUUUACAGGGUAUUGAUAACUUCAGAAAGAAAAACAAACCAGAAUCUGUCUUGGGGAACUAGAUAAUGUAAAAAAGUUACUGGAUUUCUUACAAAAACAUUGUGGAGAAAAAUUAAGUGUUACUUAAAGCUGUAUAAUUUUCAAGAUGGUUCUUGUCCUGCAUUUAAAAAAAAAUAAUUUGACCACUUUCCUGUCCUUUUAGUCUUGCCUUAUAGACUAGUGAAAAUGUGAUUUAGAACUAAACAAGCUUCUGACAGUUGAAUUUGAAUACUUCAGCCAUGUCUUGAAGAUCUGCCUCUAGGUGAUAGCAAAUAAAGUAUGUUGCUUUAUGCACA